ACAGGGGGCUGAUAGGGCAGAGCAACUGUGUCCUCUCUUAAAAAAAAAGAAUUAGGGGGAGUGAUUACAGGAGAGAGAGAGAGAGAGAGAGAAAGAGAAAGAGAGAUAUAGUUAAGCUCGCAUGAGAGGAAGUGCAAGACACAGAAAAGUCAAAGGCAGCGCGUUGUGUCAAGCAGUUGACUGUGAAUGCCUCUGUCAGUGCACACCUCGGCUCUAGCGUUGCAGCACCACUCCCCUGUCAAAGCAGGAUCUAUCUUCUCCCUGAGCCUCCAAGUCUGUCCGACUGCUGCCUCUUUGACUGACUCAACUGCUGUGGGAGCACGGAGGGACCUCUCACUGGAUGUCAGCACACAAAACCGUGGAUGUGAUCAUCAGCAAUCAGGUUUCAUUGUCCAUGCAUGGGGAGCAGCCCAUGGACCUAAGUGUGACCCAGAGGUUGUUGCAUCCAGGCCCAGAUUCGGCCAUGCUGGCCCCCCACCCUCCCUUCUUCCUGGGACCCCUCACCUCUCAGCAUUGCUCCCAGUUUUCGCAGCAGCACUUGCAGUAUAACAUUGACCAUAGGCAAAGAGAGAUGGAGGAGGAGAAAAGAGAAGAGUUACAACAGCUGAUAAAAAAGAGUAAAAAUGAGCAAAGUGCUGUAGCCAGUCCUCUGGUGAAGCAGAAACUUCGGGAACACAUUAUCAUGAAGAGCCAUGACAGAGUUACUCCCAACCACUGCAGUCCUACACCAGGAUACAGGCUCCCGGUUCCUGACAUGUCCCCAAAGGCUCAGCCUACACCCUGUGACCAUCUGCAGCUGCGCAGGACAGUCUCUGAGCCCACUCUGAAGUGGAAGAUAAAGAAGCUCAUCAGUACAAGGCCAAACCCGCUGCAGCGUAAGAUCAGUGCCCCUCCAACUGUCAAGCAUAGGACAGAAACUCUGGACUCAUCUCCCAGCAGCAGCAGCACCCCAGCAUCUGGGAGCAGCUCACCCAACGACAGCCUCCAUUCAGAUAAUGGGGCCCUCCCUCUGGCUCAUGAGGCACAAAGGUUGCUGCUGAAGGAUGGUAGUUUGGCUCAUUUCACCUUGCCUCCCAACCCCACUGCCAUGCCCAACAUCACUGCUGGACUUCCUGCACAGUCUGACCUGCGAGUAGCAAGGCCGUUGGCGGUAUCUGCCCUACAUCAGGUCUACCUGCCUCUGGAUGGAAGCAAUGCAGCCCUGGGUCAGCGCCUACAGCCAGUGCUCAUACUGGAACCACAUACCGGACUGGUGCACUCCCAACUUGUCUCUCUUCAUGGUUUGAGCUCGGUUCCUCUGCAGCACCAGCUUCAUCCGUCCAGAAGGGAAGGAGUAGUUACCUUGCCCUCCCACAAACGCCUGGAACGAACACGUUCAGAGCCUCCGCCCUACAGCCACUCAUCCCUUACUGUGCAUGCCAACCAUCACACACACACCCAGCACCACCUGCCGCAGCUAUGCCAUAAGAGCGGGCUGGAGAGGUUCAAGCAAAAUACACACCUGAGCAAGCUCACAAGCAAGUCCACUGAGAAGCCUCGCCUGACACAGAUCCCAUCGGAGGAUAUGGAUCUGGAGGAGAUUGGAUCAGCAUCUGGUUCUGGUUCAGGACCAGGGUCCGUGUGCAGCUCUGAACCAGGCUCAGUGUCUGAGGACGGCUAUCACAGGAGACAGAGCACUGCCAGCACAGACUCAGUUUACGACACAGAGUCCACUACCUCCUCACGGGAGAGCUUGAUCGAGCCCUCACAUCCUUUCAGUCAGAGGCAAGUGAUCCUUAGACCGGGUCUCCAGCUGGACUCCCCAGGUGUGUCUGCCCUGAUUUGGCCUCACCAGCCUGUGUUUCGGACCCAGUCCUCCCCAGCCUCCACCUCCCUACCUCCUCCUCCACAUCCACCCACCACCAUACCUUCUCUGUCACUGUCCAGCCCUGCUGCAGAUGCCCAGCUACGCUUUACCACAGGAAUCUUAUCUCAACAGAGUUUUGUGGUGUUACCAUGUAGGGGAGUUGGGGUAGAUAUUGAUACAGUUUGGAAUGAAGCUCACACAUCAACAGCGUCCCGUAUUGCUGUAGGAUGUGUCACAGAGCUGGCACUGAAGGUGGCACAAGGAGAGCUGAAGAAUGGCUUUGCAGUGGUGAGGCCCCCUGGACACCACGCAAACCACUCCUCCCCUCUGGGCUUCUGUUUUUUCAACUCUGUGGCCAUCGCUGCCAAGCAGCUCCAACACAAACUCAACGUCAGCAAGAUCCUCAUCGUGGACUGGGAUAUUCACCAUGGCAACGGCACCCAGGGAGCCUUCUAUAAUGACCCAAAUGUGCUGUACAUCUCCCUACAUCGCUAUGACGAUGGCAACUUCUUUCCUGGUAGUGGACAUCCCAGUGAGGUGGGUGCAGGUGCAGGCGAGGGCUUCAAUGUGAACGUAGGAUGGACAGGGGGUUUGAACCCUCCAAUGGGUGAUGCCGAGUACCUGGCUGCAUUCAGAGCCGUGGUGAUGCCCAUUGCCCACGAGUUUUCUCCUGAUGUGGUGCUGGUGUCAGCUGGCUUUGAUGCUGUCGAAGGACAUUCAUCAUCACUGGGAGGCUACAAGGUCACAGCCAAGUGUUUUGGCUUCCUGACUCGUCAGCUGAUGUCACUGGCCGGGGGUCGGGUGGUCCUGGCUCUGGAGGGGGGACAUGACCUCAAGGCCAUCUGCGAUGCCUCUGAGGCCUGCGUCAGUGCCUUGCUGGGCAUGGAGGUGGAGCCACUGUCCCAGUCGGUGUUGGACCAGAAGCCUUGUGAAAAUGCUGUCGAGUCACUGCAGAGAGUCAUCCAGGUUCAGGGUGAGUACUGGCAGAGUGUGAAGGAUUCGGCCGCCACAGUGGAUCUGUCCUACCUGCAGGCGCAGAGACGACGGCUGAGACGAGACUCGGACAGCGAGGCCGUCAGUGCCAUCGCCUCGCUGUCGAUGGAAUCUGUCGCCUCUGACAAGAGACAGGCAGAAAAACUGACAGAGAAAGGUGAUUCUCUCUGAAGAAAGUCUCCUGACAGCUGCUUUCAACCAAGUCUCAGUGGAAACACACACACACACACACACACACACACACACAG